CGUAUCAUGAAUUUUGUGUUAUACAUUUUUCAGUUCAUUUUUGUUUCUUGUUUUUCAAAACGAAUUCAAAAUUAACUUACGAGUUUUUUGCAAGAAACGUGCGCGUGUUUACACAUCAACAACAUUAAUCAGUUUCCAAAGUGACUUAACAAUUUUUCCAAAAAUAUUUGAACUUUGUGGGUGACAAAAUAAAACUGUGCUAAAAGUGAUAAAACACGUUGUUUGUUUUUAAACCAGUGUACAACUUUUUGUGGCAGACAGUGUUUUGUUUGUUUGUUUUGUCAAAAUCGAACAACAUAGCCAAAAUAUUUAUCAAAUUUUUUGUUUGAAUCAAGAUUUUUUUUUGUAAACAAAAAAUUAUACAACUAUUGUUUGUGUGUUUCAAGUGCGUAGUGUUGAUAAAGGUUCUUGGGCCGCCGAAGUGACGGGUGCGGCAGGAGUACCAGGCACGCGGGGGCCACAGCCGGGUGUCGCGCUGGCGACUUACCUGGACGGGGGGGCCACCUGUCCAUCUGCCCUGGGGGCCCCCUCGACGGCCCUACAACUAAGGGCCGGCUUAGUCCAUGCCCCCCUUGGGCCACAUUUUAAUAUACAUCACACACCUCAUAAUAUAGGUCGGUGUGAGCCGGCAGCAGGAAUGUUGAUCGCAUGCGCGGGCUGUGAGAAGCCGAUUCUAGAUAAAUUCUUAUUGAAUGUUCUAGAAAGGACAUGGCACGCAGAUUGUGUACGAUGUUACGAUUGUCAUGCACCACUAACAGACAAAUGUUUUUCCAGAGAAGCAAAACUAUUUUGUAGGAAUGACUUCUUCAGACGAUAUGGAACAAAGUGUGGAGGCUGUGGCCACGGAAUCUCCCCAAGUGACUUGGUGCGGAAAGCUCGUAAUCAGGUGUUUCACUUGAACUGUUUCACGUGUUUAGUAUGUCGAAAACAAUUAUCUACCGGUGAGGAAUUAUAUGUCCUAGAUGAUAAUAAGUUUAUAUGUAAAGAUGACUACCUUGCGGGUAAUAAAGUGACGUCUGGUGGAAUCCCUUCACAAGAUUCAUUACUCGGUUCCGCAUCAGAAGAUGAAGAUGACGAUGAUGCAUCAACGACAUCAACAAUAUUAAAACAUCACGGUCUUCAUGGCGGUUCGUUAGGUGGUCCUAAUUCAGAAACAAAUAAUAAUAGUUUAUCACAUAGUGAAUUAUCAAAUUCAAUGAAUCAGGAUAGUAAAACAGGUCAUGAUGAUUCAGAAGAUCAAAAUUCAUUAGAUGGUGACCCAGAAACACGUGACUCACAAGCGGAAAAUAAAAGUCCAGAUGAUAGUAAUAGUGGUAGUAAACGAAGGGGACCACGUACGACAAUUAAAGCGAAACAAUUAGAAAUAUUAAAAACAGCCUUUUCACAAACACCAAAACCAACGAGACAUAUACGUGAACAAUUAGCAAAAGAGACUGGUUUGCCGAUGAGAGUGAUACAGGUUUGGUUCCAAAACAAAAGGUCAAAAGAACGGAGGUUGAAACAAUUAACAUCAAUGGGUCGAGGUCCGUUCUUCGGAAGCUCUAGAAAGAUGCGAGGUUUUCCAAUGAAUCUAUCACCAGGUGCUUUAGAAGAUGGUCCACCAGGUUUCCCAUAUUUUGCGACGGCUGAUGGUAAAUUUGAAUUUGGUUAUGGUGGACCACCAUUUCAUCCACACGAUGGACCAUUCUUUCCUGGACAUCAUCCUGGAGGACCUGGACCAGGACAACCGAUGCCAUUCAACCAACCUGUAUUUCUUUCUUUUCUAGGUGGACCCAUGGAUCAUCCCGGAGGUCCAAUGUCAAUGGGUGACUUUGGUGGUAUACCCGGUGAACCACCAUUCAUUGGUGGCCCUGGUCCACAUCCUGGCGGUGGUCCUCCUGAUCAACUUGGUAUAGGUCCUGGUGCGGGCCCACGUGGUGGUCCUGGUAGCCCUGAAUUUUUAAAUAGUGCCGGUGGAUUUAAUGAACCUUCACAGAUGCAAAAUGAAGGUUUGGUUUGGUAGCUGGAAAGGAAUUUAAAGAAGUUUGAGGAGACAUGAAAAUUGGAAAACUUCCUUAUGGAAGAAUUCUGGAAAAAAGUUAUUGAGGAACUUCAUAAGUGAAUAAAUGCCUGUGUAAAUAAAAAAAUAAAAAUGGUGAACUAAAAAAAAAAUAUUGUG